GAGAGAGAAAGAUAGAAAAGAACGAGAGAGAGAAAGAGAGAGAAUUAAGAACGAGAGAGAAGAAUGAGGAUUGCUCCAGGGUUUGUACCGUCGGACGAAGAGCUGAUUAAUCGCUACCUGUUGAAAGUAUCAAUGGGGAUUCCACUGCCAUGGAAUUGGAUGUCGGAAAAAGAGAUUUACGGCGAAACAGCAGAUCCAUGGGAAGUUCUUCAAGACGUUCAUUGGGAAGAUUUUCAUUCCGAAACGAAAUUCAAGCACGUCACGUACGUUCUUACCAAGUUAUUACGAGUUAAUGGUAAGACUCGUAUCGCCAGAAGAACAAAAUCGGGUACUUGGAAGGGACAAACGAGUGGCAAAGAAAUUUACGAUGAGUCAUCGGGAAAUUUAAUCGGCUUGUCCAAGAUGUUCACCUUUUACAAGAAUAAACCUAAAGGCCGGAGCGGCGAAGAAGAAGAAGAACACGGUCACUGGAUUAUGCAAGAGUUUUCAUUGGCCGGGGUUUGUUUGAAUUUUGAGUUGAAGUUUAAAGAUUACGCAAUUUGUAGAAUCACUAGGAUGUUUCCAAAGGAAAACUAAAAGGAAAAGACAAAGAAGCUUGAUAUCGGAUGGAGUUUGGAGAAAUUAGUUCUAGUUCUUAAUUUUCGAUUCGGAUCAAUUAUUCAAUGCAGCUUGAUAUUUUUUUUCGACCAUUAUUUCCGGUCUCUACUGUAAGCAAUUAUGUUUGAAAUUAAUCAAGAAUUUGUUUUUUUCUUGAUUGCAUCUGUUUUAUU